UUUAUUAGCAUUCCGAAACAAUCGCAGUUUGUCGCUUUUACGGCAUUUUCUCGUUGGCAGUUGUUUUGUUGUAGUUUGGAACAAAAUGGAAAAUUUUCUCAUCGUCAAGUUCAGCUCAAUAAAUUUUUCAACUCAGUAAUCAAAAAUCUUUGUGAAAAUUACGUCGAGUUCCGGAGGCCCGCCCUGAUCGCCCGCCCUCCUGGAGUCUACCAGGCGAGACGCGAGGAUGGAAGAAGAGGUCAAGCAACCCACCGCCGUCCGGAGCCGAAGCCACAGCAGCUGCCGACCCCGCCGGCGCAGAUGCGUCCGGAGGCGCAGUUGCGUCCGCAGGCGGAGCCGCAGCUGCCGCCGGAAGAGGAGCCGCAGCUGCCGCCGGAAGAGGAGCCGCAGCUGCCGCCGGAAGAGGAGCCGCAGCUGCCGGAAGAGGAGCCGCAGUCGCCGUCGUAGCUGCCGGCGCCGCCGUCGUAGCUGCAGCCGGAAGAGGAGCCGUAGUCGCCGUCGUAGCUGCCGCCGGAAGAGGAGCCGUAGUCGCCGGCGUAGCUGCCGGCGCCGCCGUCGUAGUUGCAGCCGGAGCAGGAGCCGGAGUCGAAGCAACAGCCGCAGGAGGCGCAGGUCCGGGAUGAACAGUGUGAACCCUUUUAUAAACUUCGUGAAGGCGCUGCGGUGCCGGCUGCCGCGCAUGAGCGGGCCCUGCCUCGUCAAGGAGGCGGCCAGGCGCUGGCGCAGCAUGUCUGACGGCCACAAGGAGCCGUACGUGCGCGCCGCGUGCGCGGCCAAGCGGCGCUGCGCCGGCCUGCGCGCCAGGAGGCUGAAGAGGCGCUGCCGAAGUAAAUCUCGGCGGCGCGGCUAGAUGGCGCGCGAGUGCUCGCGUGGGUUGGCACGCCUGCAGCGCCGACUGCGCGGGCCGUUCGCGCGCGCGAGUUGGCACGCCUGCCGCGCCUUCUGCGCGUCACCCCCCUCCUUCUUCCUUCCUUUUCACGAAUGUUUUAGUGUUCUUGCACAGCCGACAUUUUCCAAAAUUGUAACGAGUGGGAACAGUUUCUUAUACAAGAAUAAACGAGUUUAUAUUUUUUUCGACCCUUCAAA